AUGGCACUCCCUCCUUAUGAUCCAAAGUUCACAAUGGCAUGGGGAAAGAAAACCUUAGAUUAUGAGUUUGACCAAGACCACGAUGAGACUGAAUCUGCUGCUAUCGUAGCGGCUGAGCUUAUCAGCUCGGCAAGGCAUGCAGCGAAGCUGGACAGUGAGCGUACUGAGUACUCAGCUCGAUAUCUGGUGGACAACGCCGCUGGUCAGAACCUCACAGUCAGGAAAUGCCUCGAGUUCGCGUUGAAGAACGGCAUACCGAAAGCAGAGGAUUGGCCACUCUUGAAGCCCCCACCGUCCUACAAACCUGAUCUCGUUUCCCUGAGAGGAGAAGUCGUUGAGCAUGAGGAUUUGGAGGAAGUACAUGCGCUGCUGAAGCAUCAAACGGUUGGAGCAAAGCUGCAUGUGUUUCAACAAAAUGCAAUCUACUGUGGCUCGUCAGGAGAGACAGCCAAGUAUGUUGGACUUAGAGAUGGGAUCGUGGAAGGAGUGGAGAAGUUCAAGGGGAAGUCAGUUGCGAGAGUUAAGGUUUGGUACAAGAAGAAGUUUAUCACUGUCAAGGUGGCUUUGAGCAGGGUGUUUUACGACCCCUGGGAAUUGGGCCUACGGUUCUGCUUGUUGACUUUUUUGUCCCACGCCUAUCCGUCUGAGAUUUUAUCUAUCUAG